UGUAAUAAAAAAAAAAGUCGACAUCGUUGAUAAAACGUAUAAACAGACGCUUUGAUAGUUUUUAUAAUUUUUCUACAUAAAUUAAAUAAUAAAAUUCAUAGAAACAUUUAAAAAUGACUUCAUUAGCAAAACCAAAGUCUGAAAUGACACCGGAAGAGUUGUCUAAACGUGAAGAAGAAGAAUUCAAUACCGGACCGCUAUCAGUACUUACACAAUCAGUUAAAAAUAAUACUCAAGUAUUAAUUAAUUGUAGGAAUAAUAAGAAAUUACUUGGCCGAGUAAAAGCUUUUGAUAGGCAUUGUAACAUGGUUUUGGAAAACGUUAAAGAAAUGUGGACUGAACUACCCCGUACUGGUAAAGGAAAAAAGAAAGCAAAACCCGUCAACAAAGAUCGUUUUAUAUCAAAAAUGUUUCUACGUGGUGAUUCAGUAAUUUUAGUAUUAAGAAAUCCACUGGCAACAGCUUCAGGAAAAUGAAUAAUUUUUCAUAUUUUAUACUUUGUAUAUUAAUCAUUAAUAAAUAAAAAUUAAAAUAA